UAGCAGUAGGGCAGAAUUUGUGGCGGAGGUGGACUCGGUUGCGUUGCUGCCGCGGCGGUUUUAAAAGCAGAACAAUCCCCCCUCUCCCCCUGCCCACCUCGAUUUGCCCAAUCCAAGGUCGCGCCCGCGCGCAUCGAUCUCGCUCGGGAGUUCGGGAUCUGCCGCGGCAGCUGCGACCUACGCCCGUCGAUUUCGACCCCAUCCAUCCAUCCAUCCAUCCCGCGUAGCGCAAGAGAGCCGCGGCGCUGGAGAUGUCGAAGGUUUACACCCUCGAGGAGGUCGCGAAGCACAACUCCAAGGACGAUUGCUGGCUCAUCAUCGGCGGCAAGGUGUACGAUGUGACAAAGUUUUUGGAAGACCACCCAGGAGGUGAUGAUGUUCUGCUGUCCUCAACUGCCAAGGACGCGACUGAUGAUUUUGAAGAUGUCGGCCACAGCACCACUGCCCGUGCGAUGAUGGAUGAGUACUUGUUGGGUGAAAUCGACUCAUCAACUAUCCCUGCUAGGACAAAGUAUGUUCCCCCCAAGCAACCGCACUACAACCAGGACAAGACCCCAGAGUUCAUUAUCAAGAUCCUCCAGUUCUUGGUUCCCCUGGCAAUCCUGGGCUUGGCUGUUGCCGUUAGGAUCUACACCAAGUCGGAGUCUGCUUAGCUUUGUUGCCCUUGCCCCCUUGGGGAUUAUAAGAGUCAAACUUGUUGAAUAAGUUAGCAAGAGUCCUGUGAGGUUUUACAUGUGUAACAUGUCAUGAAUUUGCGGCAAAUGAUCUGAGCUAUUGUGGGUUCUGUGGUCCUUGGAUGUCCAUUUUGUGCUUAAAGUAGGAUUGGAAUGCGUCGUACUACAUUAUCUGGCAUCUCAGUUGUUGGUGAUUCUGCA